CCUGUAAGCGCACGGCUCCCGUACAGUCUGCAGGUGGAGGUUCCUAUAAGGUGUCAGGACGUGGCGGUCUAUUUCUCCAUGGAGGAGUGGGAGUAUGUAGAAGGACACAAGGAUCAGGUCAUGAUGGAGGAUCAGCAGCCCCUCACAUCACCAGUCAGAUCCAGUAAGAGAACCGCACCAGAGAGGUGUCCCCGUCCUCUUGAUGAGCAGAAUAUGGAGGAUAUUAUUACAGGGAAAGAUCUGAGCUAUAUUAAUGCUACAGACAUAAAGGAAGAAGAAGAGACAGAUGUGAGCAGUGAUGAGCAGUAUAAGGAGGACAUUUCUACACGGAAAUAUCUGAUCUAUAAUAAUGCUACAGACAUAAAGGAAGAAGAAGACACAGAUGUGAGCUGUGAUGAGCAGUAUAAGGAGGACAUUCCUAAAGGGAAAGAUCUGAUCUAUAUUAAUACUACAGACAUAAAGAAAGAAGUAGAAGAGACAGAUGUGAGCGGUAAUGAGCAGUAUAAGGAGGACAUUCCUACAGGGAAAGAUCUGAUCUAUAAUGAUGCUAUAGACAUAAAGGAUGAAGAGACAGAUGUGAGCAGUGAUGAGCAUUUUAAGGGGGCCAUUUCUACAGAGAAACAUCUUAUCUAUAUUAAUGCUACAGACAUAAAGGAAGAAGAAGAGACAGAUGUGAGCAGUGAUGAGCAGUAUAUGGAGGACAUUUCUACAGGGAAAUAUCUGAUCUAUAAUAAUGCUACAGACAUAAAGGAAGAAGAAGUGACAGAUGUGAGCAGUAAUGAGCAGUAUAAGGAGGACAUUCCUACAGGGAAAGAUCUGAUCUAUAUUAAUGCUCCAGAUAUAAUAGUAAAAGCAGAAGAUACAGAUGUGAGCGGUGAUGAGAAGUUUAAGGAGGACAUUUCUACAGGUAACCACCCAGAUUCUUGUAGCAGGAGAUCAGAGGAGAAUCUUAUAUCUUCAGAUUAUAAAGCAGAUGAUGAUAUCACACAAGAUACAUAUGAAGAACAUUCCAUUAUCCCAGAUACACCCUCAGCCCUUCACAGCCAAGAUCUGUCAUCUCAUCCUUAUAUACAGGUCCUGUCUUCUCAUUCAUCACAGAAAGGUCACAGAAGGGGUGUUGGACAUCAAAGAGAUUGUGCAGGGGAGAAGCAAUAUUCAUGUUCAGAAUGUGGGAAGUGUUUUAAUAGCAAAUCACAACUUAUUCAACAUAAUAUAACUCACACAGGAGAGAAGCCAUAUUCUUGUUCAGAAUGUGGGAAAUGUUAUACUCAUCAGCCAAGUCUUAUUAGACAUCAAAGAACUCACACAGGGGAAAAGCCAUUUUCAUGUUCAGAAUGUGGGAAAUGUUUUACUUUUAAAUCAGGUCUUGUUGUACAUCAACAAACUCACACAGGAGAGAAGCCAUAUUCAUGUUCAGAAUGUGGGAAAUGUUAUACUCAUCAGCCAAGUCUUAUUAGACAUCAAAGAACUCACACAGAGGAAAAGCCAUUUUCAUGCUCAGAAUGUGGGAAAUGUUUUAUUUUUAAAUCAGGUCUUGUUGUACAUCAAAGAACUCACACAGGAGAGGAGCCAUUUCCAUGUUCAGAAUGUGGGAAAUGUUUUACUCAGAAAUUAGACCUUGAUGUACAUCAAAGAACUCACACAGGAAAGAAGCCAUUUUCAUGUUCAGAAUGUGGGAAAUGUUUUGCUCAGAAAUCCUAUCUUGUUGUACAUCAAAGAACUCACACAGGGGAAAUGCCAUUUUCAUGUUCAAUAUGUGGGAAAUGUUUUACAUUUAAAUCAGGUCUUGUUAAACAUCAACGAACUCACACAGGAGAGAAGCAAUUUACAUGCUCAGAAUGUGGGAAAUGUUUUGCUCAGAAAUCAGAUCUUGUUAAACAUCAAAGAACUCACACAGGAGAGAAGCCAUUUCCAUGUUCAGAAUGUUGGAAAUGUUUUACUCAGAAAUCAGACCUUGUUGUACAUCAAAGAACUCACACAGGGGAGAAGCCAUUUUCAUGUUCAGAAUGUAGAAAAUGCUUUACUCAGCAAUCACAUCUUAUUCAACAUCAAAGAACUCACACAGGAAAGAAGCCAAUUCAGAGCAAUAAAUGAUGCAGAUAACACAUCUAUAUAUUAUCCAUGUACAUAGGAUAUCUGACAUUUAUACAUAUAUCA